AUGGCCGGAGGAAUCCUCAUGCAUAGAAGCAAUUUUUUAGAAAGAUGUAUCGAUCUUCUGAAGACUUUGAGUAAUAUUUGGAUUAUGAGAAACACAUUGACGGAUGAGUUAGCCGAAGAUGUCACCGGCGAGACUGAGGGAAACUCGAACAAUGGCGAUCCAAACACAAAGGUAACAACAUUAACGGACCUACCGGAAGAUGUCAUCGUCGAUAUCCUUAUGAGACCGCCGGUAGAAUCACUCUGUCGCGUCCAAUGUGUGUCUAAGACCUCUUUCGACAUAUCUCGCAGCCCCGAGUUUGCUACACUGCACAACAUGCGGUCACACGACUCUGCUAUGGACUCACUUAUGCGUGUUACUAUAUGGUCUAAUGCUGGGAGGCAUGGUACGUCAGUGUUACAGACAUGGCAAUCGUUCAAAUACAACAGCAGAAAGCAGACACUGACAAAAUCCAUACAUGUCUCUCAGAUUGGCUUGAAACGUUACUUGGAAGUAGACUUUGUUUUCUGCAACUUGGUUUUCCUUAAAAGAGAAAUCGGUACCGGUCCAUGCUUGUUGGUCAAUCCGCUGAGGGAAGAAGUUCUAGAGCUACCGCUUAGUAACAUCCCGGUUCGAACCACCCAUAUUUAUUCAAAGGAAACUAAUUGGUAUGGGAUGGGAUAUGAUGAUAUUACUAGCACAUACAAGAUUAUUCAUGUUUGGGCAACUAACAACUGUGUUGUGGCUCAAGUUCUUGUAUUAGGUGCAAGCUCAUGGCGACAGAUACAUUUGGCUCCUCCUUUUGAUGUAGGCAGUUCUUUUCCGCGCAAACGCGGCCAGAAUGCGAUAUAUGUAGGUGGACACAUGCAUUGGUUGAUUUGCAAAACAAUAGAAAGACCCGGUUACAUGAUUUCAUUCAAUUUUAACAGUGAGGAGUUUUGUGCGACUCUUGUUCCCUCAAGUAGUUAUGGCUUAUAUUUGCUUAAAUUUAGAGGAUCUUUGGCUCUUGUGGAUGUUCAUUAUGUUCAAGAUAAUAUUAAGAUAUGGGUGUUGACAAGUUAUGAUGAUGAGAAAAAAUGGGAGCUACAUCACAAUAUAACAGUGAAAUGCCUCCCUGAAUGGACUAUAUGGACUAGUUUUGGAGAGAUUUGUGCUGAAUGGGAGCAUGGCAUAUGUUUUGCAUCAGAAGACGUAGGGGCUCCAGCAUCUUCAGCUAUACUGAAAGCCUAA